AAACCGGGCAGGUACAUUUUUUCCUUUUUGUUAUAAAUGGCAUUGUUUUUUGCGAAUGAGUCAUUUUUGCUGUCACCCUUGAACUUGCUGUUUUUGAAUGGGAUUCCAUUUAUUAGUAAUAAAAUAAAGGAAUUGUUUUUGUGAACGUUUUUUCUAAGCGAAAUAUCAGGUGCAGGUGUGUAAUGGCCGAUCCACGCAUUCGAACCAUCAAGAUUAAAACUGGAGUUGUCAGAAGGUUAGCAAAAGAAAAGACUGUUUAUGAACGUGAGGUAGAGGCACAAAAAGUUCGUAUCGAGAAAUACAAAGCUGAUGGAAAAGAUGAAUAUGACCUUAGAAAGCAAGAAGAAGUUUUGAAUGAAAGUUUGAUGAUGGUUCCUGAUUGUCAAAGAAGACUAGCUGUAGCUUUUGAGGAUUUAAAGAACAUUUUGGAAACAGAAAAAGAUUUACAAGAAUCAGAAGAUUACUUAGCUGCACAAAAAGUUUUGGAAGAGGCAAAAGCGCAAUUGCCCAAAUCAGCUGAAGUGCAUAUGUGUUAAAAGUUACAGAUAUCUAUUUUUUUAUGUAUAGUUCUAGUUAUUAAAGACUUAAUUUUUUCAUAA